CGAGGGACUGCGGGGUCUGCCUCGGCCCGCCUCCGGGGAGGGCGGCUACGGGCGGGAGAUGCUUUCACCCGCUGGAGCUCCAAGCCUCUCUGGCUGUCGCGGGGGCUGCUGCGUCUAGUCGACUGAGAACAAGUCCCUAAGUUGGCGUGGGGGCGCCCCUGCCUUCCUCCUCCUCUUCCUCCGAGGCCACCGCAGCAGAAGCACGCCCCAGAAGCCCGGCUUUGCCAGUGCUGUGAACCAGGGUGGCUAAGCGCUCUCCGGACUCCCGUCGGGAAAUGGGGAGCUGAACGCCUGGCGGCGAGCUGGCCCCGCAGCGAAGGGCCCAGAGGGAGCUGCCAUCCCCCGCCCGCGCCUCUCUCCGGCGGGGACCGCGGGGAUCCCCGGCCACACGCGCGCGCGCGCUCCCACACUCACUCACACACACACUCGCCCUCACACACACCACCAGCUCGGAGCCUGGGCUGCGGAGAGGGCUGUCGGGCGAGCUCAGAGGACCGGGCAGCUGCUGUCCGGAGUGGGGCAGGAAGCCGAGCUCCGGCUUUUGGAGGGAGGUGCUGCGGGGUUGGCCGGAGCAUGGGGCUGGGUGAGCGCUGAGAGUCGCGGCCGCAGCCAUCAGCCCUGGAGAUGACCAGGAGCGGCCACUGCUGAGAACUAUGUGGAGAGAGGCUGCGAGCCCUGCUGCAGAGCCUCCGGCUGGGAUAGCCGCCCCCCGUGGGGGCGAUGCGGACAGCGCGGGACAGCCAGGGGAGCGCGCGGGGGCCGCAGCAUGCGGGAACCCCCUAAACCCGGUGGCUGCUGAGGCGGCCGAGAUGCUCGUGCGCGCAGCGCGCCCCACUGCAUCCUCGACCUUCUCCGGCUACAGGGACCGUAAGUGGCGACUAUGGGCAGACUGGGUUAUUGGACCCUGCUGGUGCUGCCGGCCCUUCUGGUCUGGCGCGGUCCGGCGCAGGGCACGGCGGCGGAGAAGGGUCCCCCGGCACUAAACAUUGCGGUGCUGCUGGGUCACAGCCACGACGUGACGGAGCGCGAACUGCGAAACCUGUGGGGCCCUGAGCAGGCAGCAGAGCUGCCCCUGGACGUGAACGUGGUAGCCCUGCUGAUGAACCGCACAGACCCCAAGAGCCUCAUCACACAUGUGUGCGACCUUAUGUCUGGGGCGCGCAUCCAUGGCCUUGUCUUUGGGGACGACACCGACCAGGAGGCCGUGGCUCAGAUGCUGGAUUUUAUCUCUUCACAGACUUUCAUCCCCAUCCUGGGCAUCCACGGGGGCGCAUCUAUGAUCAUGGCUGACAAGGAUCCGACGUCAACCUUCUUCCAGUUUGGAGCGUCCAUCCAGCAACAAGCCACGGUCAUGCUGAAGAUCAUGCAGGAUUACGACUGGCACGUCUUCUCCCUGGUGACCACCAUCUUCCCUGGGUACAGAGACUUCAUCAGCUUCAUCAAGACCACCGUGGACAACAGCUUUGUGGGUUGGGACAUGCAGAACGUGAUCACCUUGGACACUUCCUUUGAGGACGCAAAGACGCAGGUCCAGUUGAAGAAGAUCCACUCUUCUGUCAUCCUGCUCUACUGUUCCAAAGAUGAGGCUGUCCUCAUCCUGAGUGAGGCCCGCUCCCUGGGCCUCACUGGCUAUGAUUUCUUCUGGAUCAUCCCCAGCUUGGUUUCUGGGAACACAGAGCUCAUCCCAAAGGAGUUUCCAUCAGGACUCAUUUCAGUCUCCUAUGACGACUGGGACUACAGCCUGGAGGCAAGGGUGAGGGAUGGCCUGGGCAUCCUCACCACUGCUGCAUAUUCCAUGUUGGAGAAGUUCUCUUACAUCCCCGAGGCCAAGACCAGCUGCUACGGGCAGACGGAGAAGCCGGAGGCCCCACCACACACUCUGCACCAAUUUAUGAUCAACGUGACAUGGGAUGGCAAAGACUUGUCCUUCACUGAGGAAGGCUAUCAGGUGCAUCCCAGGCUGGUGGUGAUUGUGCUGAACAAGGACCGAGAAUGGGAAAAGGUGGGAAAGUGGGAGAACCAGACGCUGAGCCUGAGGCACGCCGUGUGGCCGAGGUACAAAUCCUUUUCAGACUGUGAGCCGGAUGACAACCAUCUGAGCAUCGUCACCCUGGAGGAGGCCCCCUUUGUCAUCGUGGAAGACAUAGACCCGCUGACCGAGACGUGCGUGAGGAACACCGUGCCAUGUCGGAAGUUCGUCAAAAUCAACAAUUCAACCAAUGAGGGCAUGAAUGUUAAGAAAUGCUGCAAGGGUUUCUGCAUCGAUAUCCUGAAGAAGCUUUCUCGCACUGUGAAGUUCACCUAUGACCUUUACCUGGUGACUAACGGGAAGCAUGGCAAGAAAGUCAACAACGUAUGGAACGGGAUGAUCGGUGAAGUGGUCUACCAACGGGCGGUCAUGGCAGUCGGCUCACUCACCAUCAAUGAGGAGCGCUCAGAAGUGGUGGACUUCUCCGUGCCCUUUGUGGAGACGGGGAUCAGUGUCAUGGUUUCGAGAAGCAACGGCACGGUCUCGCCUUCUGCUUUUCUAGAACCGUUCAGCGCCUCCGUCUGGGUGAUGAUGUUUGUGAUGCUGCUCAUUGUGUCUGCCAUCGCUGUUUUUGUCUUCGAGUACUUCAGUCCUGUUGGAUACAACAGAAACUUAGCCAAAGGGAAAGCACCCCACGGGCCUUCUUUUACGAUUGGAAAAGCUAUAUGGCUACUCUGGGGCCUGGUGUUCAACAACUCUGUGCCCGUGCAGAACCCCAAAGGGACCACCAGCAAGAUCAUGGUGUCCGUGUGGGCCUUCUUCGCUGUCAUAUUCCUGGCCAGCUACACAGCCAACCUGGCUGCUUUCAUGAUCCAGGAGGAAUUUGUGGACCAAGUGACCGGCCUCAGUGACAAAAAGUUUCAGAGACCUCACGACUAUUCCCCACCUUUCCGAUUUGGCACGGUGCCUAACGGCAGUACUGAGAGAAACAUUCGUAAUAACUACCCCUACAUGCAUCAGUACAUGACCAAAUUCAAUCAGAAGGGAGUGGAGGAUGCCUUGGUCAGCUUGAAAACAGGGAAACUGGAUGCUUUCAUCUAUGAUGCGGCAGUCUUGAAUUACAAGGCUGGGAGGGAUGAAGGCUGCAAGCUGGUGACCAUCGGGAGUGGGUACAUCUUUGCCACAACUGGUUACGGAAUUGCCCUCCAGAAGGGCUCCCCUUGGAAGAGGCAGAUUGACCUGGCCCUGCUCCAGUUUGUGGGUGAUGGCGAGAUGGAGGAGCUGGAGACACUGUGGCUCACAGGGAUCUGCCACAACGAGAAGAACGAGGUGAUGAGCAGUCAGCUGGACAUCGACAACAUGGCCGGCGUGUUCUACAUGCUGGCGGCCGCCAUGGCCCUCAGCCUCAUCACCUUCAUCUGGGAGCACCUCUUCUACUGGAAGCUGCGCUUCUGCUUCACCGGCGUGUGCUCCGACCGGCCGGGGCUGCUCUUCUCCAUCAGCAGGGGCAUUUACAGCUGCAUCCAUGGAGUGCACAUCGAGGAGAAGAAGAAGUCUCCAGACUUCAACCUGACCGGAUCCCAGAGCAACAUGUUAAAACUCCUCCGGUCAGCCAAAAACAUCUCCGACAUGUCCAACGUGAACUCCUCAAGAAUGGAUUCCCCCAAAAGGGCUGCUGACUUCAUCCAAAGAGGUUCCCUCAUCAUGGACAUGGUUUCUGAUAAGGGAAAUUUGGUCUAUUCAGACAACAGAUCCUUUCAGGGGAAAGACAACAUUUUUGGGGACAACAUGAAUGAGCUGCAGACAUUCGUGGCCAACAGACACAAGGACAACCUGAAUAACUAUGUGUUCCAGGGACAGCACCCCCUUACUCUCAAUGAGUCUAACCCCAACACGGUGGAGGUGGCCGUGAGCACAGAGUCCAAAGCAAACUCCAGGCCCCGGCAGCUUUGGAAGAAAUCCAUGGAAUCGCUGCGCCAAGAUUCCCUGAGCCAGAACCCAGUGUCCCAGAGGGACGAGGGAGCAGUGGAAAAUAGGACCCACUCCCUCAAGAGUCCCCGGUACCUUCCGGAAGAGGUGGCCCACUCGGACAUCUCAGAAACUUCGAGCCGGGCCACGUGCCACAGAGAGCCCGACAACAGUAAGAACCACAAGACCAAGGACAACUUCAAAAGGUCCGUGGCCUCCAAAUACCCCAAGGACUGCAGCGAGGUCGAGCGCUCCUAUCUGAAAACCAAAGCGAGCUCCCCCAGGGACAAGAUCUACACCAUCGAUGGCGAGAAGGAACCUAGUUUCCACCUGGACCCACCCCAGUUUGUUGAAAACAUGGCCUUGCCCGAGAACGUGGACUUCCCAGACACGUACCAGGACCCCAGCGAAAACUUCCGCAAGGGGGACCCCGCGCUGCCCACGAACAGGAACCCCCUGCACAAUGAGGAUGCGCUCCCCAACAAUGACAAACAUAAAUUCUACUCCAAGCACUUCACCCUGAAAGACAAGAGCUCCCCUCACAGCGAGGGCAGUGACCGGUACCGGCAGAACUCGACACACUGCCGGAGCUGCCUGUCCAACCUGCCCACCUAUUCGGGCCACUUCACCGUGCGGUCCCCCUUCAAGUGCGAUGCCUGCCUGCGGAUGGGCAACCUCUACGACAUCGACGAAGACCAGAUGCUCCAGGAGACAGGGAGCCCGGCCGCCCAGGAGGAGGUCUACCAGCAGGACUGGGCACAGAACAGCACCCUCCAGUUCCAGAAGAACAAGCUCAGGAUCAGCCGUCAGCACUCCUACGAUAACAUUGUCGACAAGCCCAGGGAGACCGACCUCAGCAGGCCCUCCAGGAGCAUCAGCCUCAAGGACCGGGAACGGCUUCUGGAGGGAAAUUUGUAUGGGAGUCUCUUUAGUGUCCCCUCCAGCAAACUCUCGGGGAACAAGAGCGCCCUCUUCCCCCAGGGUCUGGAGGACAGCAAGCGGAGCAAGUCCCUCUUGCCGGACCACACCUCCGAUAACCCUUUCCUCCGUUGCUAUGGGGACGACCGACGCUUAGUCAUCGGGAGAUGCCCCUCGGACCCUUACAAACACUCGCUGCCGUCCCAGGCCGUGAACGACAGCUACCUUCGAUCGUCCUUGAGGUCAACAGCAUCGUACUGCUCCAGGGACAGUCGAGGCCACAACGACGUGUACAUUUCGGAGCAUGUUAUGCCUUAUGCUGCAAAUAAGAACAGUAUGUACUCUACCCCCAGGGUUUUGAAUUCCUGCAGCAAUAGACGUGUGUACAAGAAAAUGCCUAGUAUUGAAUCUGAUGUUUAAAACCUUCCAUCAAUGUUUUAUCUAUAGGGAAACAUACGUAACUGGCCGAUGUGCUGGAGGGUAAAUGUCGGAUGUCCGAUGGUGCCCUGCCAAGAGGAAGAGGAUUUAGGAAGGUAUUUUUUUUUUUUUUUUUUUGUUGGUUCUUUUGCACAUGGCUCCAUGCCAUAGUCUUCCACUCAAGGAAUCUUGUGAGGCGCGUGCUGAGCAUGGCAGAUACCAGAUAGGUGAGUCCUCAACCAAAAACACACACACACACACAAGGGCAUGUCUCCCGGACAUGCCCACUAGGUAUGUUGGCAAUAAGAAUGUGUUGGAUGCUGAUGGUGAUGCUAUGAUUUCCUAUAUUCCAAAUUCCAUUAAGACCGGUCCACCAUGUGCUCCCCUCAUCAGAAAUGCCUAGUGGUCUCUCUCAUUCCGAAUAAGCAAUAUGGUAUGCAUGUACCCCUGACUCAGACAAAACAGUUAGGAAUGCGUCUGCACCGUAGCGAGAUUGACGUGCAAGAGAUUAGGAAGUUUGGCCUUGUACCCAUUUUCAGCCUUCAUGUUAUGCCUCCCAUCACUGCCCAGGCCCAACCACAGAACUCCAGGCUCCCCCCCAAAGAAUAGCAAAUCCGUGUGUUCACAGUCACUAUGCUACCUUCAUUAGAGUCCAUUUCCAAGACACAUCUGGAGUAAGGGGCCAGAAGGACCCUCAGGCGGAGAGCUCCGAGCAUCUCUUUGGAUGUCAGCUUGUGCGUCUCACAGAACACUCUCACCCUUGGCUUCGAUGGUCUUGUUCAGAGCUGCACAAACACACCCAUGUCUCCGAUACCUAACUGGUGGAUCUCCUGUCUCUGACACAGCGGCUGUUGUAGUUUAUCCUGAAGACUCCUGUGUACGUAAGUUUGCGUGUCCCCCCCUUCUGGUGACGACUCAGGGUUGUAUAGUAUCUGUUACCCCUUCUUCCCUCCCAGACUGACCAUAACUCGUUCUGUCCCCGAAAGGCCAGGGCGGCGUCUAAUUACGUGUUACGUGUUGCUAUUCCCAGAGCUGUUAACGUGGUGGCACCCACCAGCAGCCAAAUGUGUCCUGUGAUCUGUAAGAAGUUCAGUGCCAGCCAUCUGCUGAAGCCUAGCCCUACCUGUUGCGUUUCUCUUCCUUCACGUCAUGAAAUUCAUUUGGAUGCUCGUUUCCACCCCAACCUCCUCAGAUCAAAAGCCUUCAAAACAUGAGAGACACUCAUCCACCCUGAGCAUCCUCCAAAUUGUGGGUCACCUUUAGUGGCAAAAGUGAUUUCUCUCUUCUGAAAUUUUCGCUCUUUUGGAGUCAAAACCGCUUCACUAGCACCAACGGGAAUCUAUGAAAAAUUCUCCAAAGCAUUUGUCAUUUCCAAGUGACCCCCCCCCCCCACUGUCUCAUUCUUACUUUACUCAGACCUGUGCCUAUGUGACCUGGAAUGAGACUCAUUUAAAAACACUGGGGGAGGAAGGGAAGUCUGCAGCAUGGCCUGACGCCGAGAACGUGCUGAGGACACAAAGGUAGUUGUUAUGUGAUAACAGACCAGAAUUCUGUAGUUUAAAAAUUAAGUAUUAUAAAACCCACAGACAAUGUUAAACCUUUUUAGUGUAUGUUAACUUUACGAAUGUCCCUGAAAUAGCUAGGGUAACUAGCCGUCCGGUCCGGUAGCCGCUGAGUCCGGAGACAGGCUGCAGACAGCCUAGGCAAACUAGCCUGCCCUUCUCCUGGUUUCCUCCUGCAUUUUGCUUUGGGUUCUUGGAGAAGGGCACAGACUGGCAAGCUGAAAAGUCACCCUGUUUCUUUUACUUACAGCGCGUUCUGUUCUGUAGGUAGUGUUUUCCUGCAAGUGGGCAGGUGCCAGGAAUAAUUCUCUUAGAGCUUGAGGAUUCAGUGAAUGGCUUCAUCUUUGGGCAGGUGCAUCCAGUAAUGAUAAGUGGUUACAACGAGUUUCGGGAUCAUCGGUGGGGAGGCAGAGGUGGCCAUGGGCGAGUAGGUCUUCCCGUCAGAAGGGGAGGGCUAGGCACUGCUGACAAAUGUACCUGAACAUUGCAUUUUCUUUCUCGGAUGUUGCUUCUGCUGCCCCAAGGCCCAAGAAUGGAGAAGCCCAGACUGAAGGGCCUCACCUCCAUUCCUACUCUUAGGCACACUCCUGGCUGUCUUGUCUUUUAGAACUUUCUGCCUUUGCCCUCCCAUUGCUUUCCAGACCCACAUUCCCCCAGCCAGGACCACCUCAUUUCCCCCACAAGACUGGCGUGUCAUGACAUGAAAUGAAUUAAAAAGUCUCCCCAGCACACAGAGCUGUGGUAUGUCAUUAAUCCAAAGAGGCUUUCUGUCUUCUUCCUGUGUCCUCAAAACCCCAGGGUGGGGGUGGGGGCUGCAAAAAGUGACAGAGACCUCCAGGGAGAACGCGAAUUACACUCAGAACUGUUCCAUAGAUCAAAAACCCUUCUUCUAACAACAGCAUUAUUUCUGCUGUUAACCCUAUGCUUCUUUAGAUUAAAAAAAAAAAAACCAAAAACUAAAAAUGGGGCUUUUGGAAGAACCAUCAGUACCGUGCUUCCUUUAAUACCCAACGCAUUUUUAAAAAGAAACACUGAGCAUUGGAAUGCUAUCUAUAAUGAAUACAUAAUUUUCCUCCUCCACAAAUUCAUCGACUCUUAAUUAUGAUGAUCCCAAGCAUAAGAAAACUGACCGCUGAUCAGACAGGCCAUCUGCCAAGUAAAAGAUAACGACAUAGAACUAUUCGAAGGUGAUUUAAGUCAGUUCUGUUCUUUGGAAGCAGAAAGUCAAAGACAUAAAUAGAAAGCCCUCCAACUCUGGACCCCUUACAGAGGGUUCCUGUGACAUCCCAGCCUGAGAUCUGGGAGCUGUUGAUGCCAAAGAGCCGGCAUGCCUGAGCCCCCGAAUCGUGCCCGAGUUUCACCUGACUCAAGCCAGAGCCGGCAUCCAUAACCGUACCGCAAUGACUCUAAGUGGCCUUCUCCCCUUGAGAAGGGCCCAACAGGUAUGCCUAAAUGCAGGUGCUCACGUUUCUGUCGAUGAGUAACGGUACACACAUGCCCAACUUAAAAUAGUCUGGGUAAGAAGAGAGUCUUCUGGGGCAUGAAUUCUACCCUGGAGCCCUUGGAGUUCCUAGAACAUAGUCUACCUGGUCCUUCUACCUGUAGGUCUCAGACUACUUCUGGCUUCAGUGCUCCCAGAAGACAGCUCCCUAACGGGUCUGUUUUUCUGCCAGCACGGCUCCCGCGAGAGGUACAGGAUUAUGAUAAUCUCCCCACUCUCCCGUCCUUUGCAAUUUCACUCCGUAAUGGCAGCCAGCACCAUGACCGGGGUCUUGGGGAUUAUACCUGGUUUCUCUCCUCUGUCACAGAGAGCCUGAGAACUUUUCAUACUCAGCUGCUCUGAGGAGACCAUUAAAAGGCCCCCACUGCAGCAAAAUCAGUCACAUUGACUCACACUUAUUUUCAAGGGAGAAACAGGAAAAUUACACCUUGUUUACAAACGAAGUAGUUUCACUUACAUGGGACUCUGGCCAAGGCAGUUAAUUAGCCAAAAGAUCCAUAGCAGCCAUAUAGCCCCACAUUGUUUAUUCUACUGGGUAUGCCUGCCACUGAUGUGUAUUUAAUAUUCUGCGUCCUUCUCAGGAAAUGACAAAUGCCCUGAAUUCUUUGCAAAUGCUAAUGUAAAAGGGGGGGAGUUGGUGUUAAUUAAAUGGUGAUUAAAAAUUUAUCUCCUUUAAACCUAAAAAGUGCAGCUCUAAUAAUCAGUCGUCAUAUAAAUAAAUACAUUGCACUGAAAUCCCAUACGGUGUAAGACCUAAAUAAACACGAACUGGAGAAACCUAAGUAUCUCUCAGAAGAGCUGAACAGAUGUGUUAACUCCAGGUGCAUCCCUAUCCUGUCUGCUUGUGCAUAGAUGUCACACGUGAAUCCUUGCAAAGGGGACAGGAGUUGUUUCUGAAGCAGAGCCCACCUGUAUGAACCGUGGCUGGAGUGGACGGAAUUGGAGUUCAGUGGCGGGCCGGGGGGCACCGAGUCCGUGGAAACACAACUCAUUGGUUGGUGUUUAAUAGGAGUUAAGGAUUCCACGUGACAGUGGUUUUCAGCGCAAAAGCAGUAUUUUCACUUGAGACAAAAUUAGACCUUACGGAUGCCCCACAUUCUUUUGGUCGGCAGGGUCGGAAGCGCUGGGUGAGAGGUUCAGUGGGGUCUACACCAACACGCAGGUGUGCUUUUCCACUUCACCCCUUCACAUCGUACUGUGUUCACAUCAGGUCAUAGCAGAUGAGGGCAGUUGGCCACCUGAUACACAUCGGAGGAGAGCAAAGACACCCCUCCUGCCAAUACCAAUGCUCUUGUACACAUGUACAUAUACUCUAUACAUGCUUGAUUUCUACCACUCACACGUCAAGUGUGUUAUCCAAAUACAAUUGUAUAUAAUGUAAACUAUAUGUUAAAAAUUAGGUCGUGAUGAUGGUUAUUAACAUGUGGAAAACCCAUUCUGGUUAUCAAUGGGCUGAUAUUUAGGAAGAGAGGAUGCUAUUGUUUUUAUUUAAAAAAAAAUUAUCUAUGUUCUAGGGAGGAUGGCAGGGCCCAAGUGGGAUUUGGGUACUGGUGUUCUUGGCCUCCUUUCAAAAAAGCUAUCUGGGGUUCGGGGUGUGAUACAUGUUCCUCUCACAUUAACUUCUGAAGACGAUGCUGAUAGGGACGCGCGGGUGAUUUCUGUGAACCCACCGAAGGGCAGAUUCCCUGUGUAAAUUCCUUAUUCUCUUCCCUGUCCCCGCUUGCUCUGCGCCCAAAAGUACUCUGGAGAGAGCAUCAGCUAAAGGUGCCUGCCCAGAAGGGUCUUAGAAAAAUAGAACUUCUAGAACUAUGCCAAGAUUUGGAGGAAUGGAGAUGAGAAAAUUAAGAGACUGAGCUCCUGAAGGGGCAUAAUCUGUAUGGAAUCAUCGGAUCAACAGUAUCUAGAACCCAAGACCUUCGUGCACGGUCCAGUUAACUCCUCACCUGGUUCCCUUCCCCAGGCUGACUCAGUUCUAGGUUUCUCUCAAAAGUGUUCUCCGGGUCCCUCUGGGAUAAGAGCCAGAGAACCUCACAGAAUGGUCCCCGCUUUCUUUCCCUCUUGCCUUAUACAGACACAUACCACCCCCUCUUUAGAUUUGGUUUUCCCUUAAGCUCCCCAACACUCCCUGCCUCAGAAUCCUGGAGAAGAGAAAACUUUUCUCAGGGACCUAUUUCCUGGGAAGAGCCAACAAGGGACAUAGUUUAAAACCUCAAACCAAAGAUGAAAGCCAGUGGUGAUCAUUGAGGUGAUAGAGUUCUAUUUCUCACGAGCCAAGGAUGAACAAAAGACACCGAUCAGCUGAGAGCACUUGACCGAGUAUCUGCUCUCUUUUUAAGGCCGAUUUGGGGUUGGGAGAUGCAAAGGGAAGAGAAAACACAGUCUCUUCUCAUCAGCAGUAUACGGUCUAGAAAUUGAGCUCCCUAACGCAAAAGGCCACCGAGGGCCCACAAAACCCAAACACAGACGGAGUGUCAAAAGUAGAAAUGAUAAAUCAAGUUCUUGCCAGGAAAUAAAUAUCACACUGAUUCCAUGAUCCAACCGACCAACCCAUCCUUCCCUAGACCCAUAAGUAACCUUGGAGAAUAUAGUUGGUGCUCCUGGAGAGAUACCCUUGAUUCUUUGAACAUUCAAAGACAGUACCUGGGAAACCCAGGAGCAUCUAAGCAGGCGACCAGACUUGCCCCCCCACAUCUGUGUGCAGGAGGCGUGGAUCUGGUGCCACCGGGUUCUCCAGCCCUUGCCAGAUCCUGCCUCUUUGCAGCCCUGCUUUAUGACGUGGGCUUCCAGAAAAGGCGGAAAAGAAUUCCCCAAAGGAUUAGAAAACAGACUGCGAUGUAAAAAAAAAAAAAAAAAAAGCUAUUUCCUGAAAGCUUUUUCGUUUGAUUUUAUUUUUGUCUUAGGAAGAAUACCUUGGAUCGUUCAGGGUAUAAAUGUAUCAGGGAAGGGAGUGGGGAGAAUUCCUCAUUGAGUCCCAAGUGCCUACUGUGCGGCUGACAAAAGCGAGCACAUCAAGUUCCCUAGAGACAAAAUGGGGCAGAGAGACGGCGGAAGGAGUCAAGGUGUGUUUCAGGGAGAUGGCGGGUGCAGAGGGAGCAUCUUCUCUCUCCAUCCAUCCUGCUCUGGGCAUUGCCAGGAGUGUGGGAUCCUCUGCUGAUCUCACAUGCAUGCCUGGGGUCAGCACCUGAGCUUGGAAGUAUCAAAAGGGAUCCGCACUGAGUGCGGAUACAGUGCAGACUGUAUUCUGGGCACAUCCUAGAAUGAGAGCCUCAAAAUAACCAUAGGAUAGAAGUACGGUUGCCCCCAUUUUAUAGAUAAGGAAACUGAAGCUCAGGUCGGUCUCAGCCUCAUCAGCAACAGGAGUUUGCUAAUAAAUCCCUCAUGUUGGGCGUAUUCUUGAAGUGCCUGAUCUCCGCCAUGGAGGUCAGAAUAAAAGUUGGAAAGAGAUAUGCUGUUCUGAGGUCCCCUGGGGCUCUCUCUUGAGCUCCAGCCUCUGAGGGGAGGAGGUUUGUUAGUGUCCUACCCCCUCGUCGUCUGGUUUGGGGUGUAUUGAGAACUCCUGGGGAUCUCACCUCUGUUCACAUCCCUUCUGACACUUGAAUGCUGUUUGUGUCUCUCCCCAAACCCUUGCACUCUGAAUUCACUUUUUUGGUUGCUGGGGAGUUACUCUGUAGCAUGUGCCUAAUUUUAAAUAUCCCCUUCCGAAUCUCUCCUUUUUUUCUCCGUAGAUAUCAGGGUUCCUUCCAUUCAACACAUGCAAGUAGUAUACCCUUCCCAAGUGUGCGGGCCCCCACACCGCCCUGUGGCCCCUCAUCAGAGCCCUCCUAAACACUGUGGCCCAUUUUCAGAAAGGUCACAGUAUUUCCAAGAGGCUGUCCCUGCUAGGUCGUCACUGGCACCAAGAUAACUAUUAUUCUCUUGUUCAGUUUGCCUCACUAAUGAGUGUUGAAUUAGAAUGUUUCCAUGAUGCUUUCUGGGAGUCCAACAUGAUGGCGUGCAUAAUGCAUGGGGGGGGGGAGAUGUGGGCACGACACGGAGCCCAUGCACCCCUUUCUUGCACCGCUCCCAUGUUCUAAGCCACCCUGCUCCCGCCAGGCAUUUCUAUUUACUGUGAAUUGGGGCCACAUUAGCCCCAUUUCGUAGGUGAGGAAACAGAGCUCAGAUUUGAAGGAAUGUUUUUCUGGGAGGUUCUGCGAUUCAGUCCUUCUGGAGGGUCAGUGAAUCUAACAAAGCCCCCUUGUCACUGUCCCUGAGAAAUUCUCUAGCUGUUUACAUCUUUCAAGCUGGCAGUAAAAGGUCUCUUAAGCCAGAAAAGUUAUCAUUAUUUAAUACCUAUUUUAAGAUCCCAUCUUUGGGUCUACAAGUGCGUGACAACAUUCUCCCAGGGAUGCUGAGCUGUGCGAAACUGGAACACUCAAAAGAACCAUUUGGCCAGUAGGCUUUCUUCCCUGGGGCUGUAUUUCAAAGCACACAGCCCUCCAGGGAGCCAGAACCAAACUGUUUCCAAUGGAGUCAUUUCUCAGAUUAACUUCCUCAAAUAAGGUGACAGCAGCAUUGCAGAGACAAGACAAAACCGAGAUGAUCACUCAUCAAUCCCUCUUAGGUACCAGGUCCAUGAAACUAUAAGUUUGCAUUUCUGCAAGUCUAGAACAUUCCUCAUUAGCCAUAGCCCUGGGUCAUAACCUCCCCCAGUUAAUUCUCUCCCACACCUUUUGGGAAGGAUUUAAGACGAGCCUUCAAAGGAAUAUUAACACGUAGCCAAUACCACAGCUGCCUUUUAAAUUAAUAAGGUUAAUUGUUCUCCAGCGAACGUAAGUUUGUCUUUGGCAUUUUAAAUGCUUCUCAUUGAUCUGACAUUUUGCUGUUUCAAGAUUUUAAAGGGCUCAAAUCAAAGACUGUCGAUAGCUGAGCAAAUAGUGAAGGUCCAGAAAUAUAAAAACAUUGUCAGUUUUUCCAUGAAAAAUAAUCAUAGCUUUUUGAAUUCGACUGAGGUUUUUACAUUACAUUACAUCUAAGACCUAUUGAAUUAUUUCUAUUCUCAGUUGAGCUAACUCAAAUAAAUGAGUGGUAUUGACUUUUUAUUUAAAAAAAAAAAAACUUCUUUAAGUUUAUUAGGUUUGUAGACACAGCUCUGAAGCCAUGGCCACUAAGGAAAUGUUCCAGUUUAGAAAUUGAAGAUUCAGACUAUUCUGCGUCAAAUUCAGGUGAUCAUCUUUGAAAAUUCUGGUGGAUUUGCAAAGAUGAAGGGGGCGCUUGUAACAUUCACCUUCCCCAAAUUUUUCACUGGGAAAGGAUGCCAAUUGCCUCUUUUUUUUCCCAAUCAGAGAUAAGGUCAAGAAUAACGUUUUCAUAGCAAAUUCAGGAAACUACUCGAUACCACGAAUUACAUGGCUAGACAUGGCUCAGAUGCCUUCCAAGCCUGAGGUUCCCCAAAGAUUUAUCAGUUGUUCUUGAGCCCCGAAUCUUCAUCUUGUUCAUUCCCCUGCUCAAACCAACUUAAAAGCAUCUACUUGCCAAAUUAUUUAGUCGGUAGACUUUACUAUAGUUGAUCACAAUAGAAUGUUUGUGCAUAUGUGUUUAUGUAUAGUAUAUAUAUUUCAAGCUGAAGAUUCAGAAAGAAUUAGGCGAGUCUCACCGGUGGUUUGAGUAAGAACUAGAUCAUCAGAGACAAACAGUGGCCUUCUCAGACACAAAAAGAGGGUCAACUCUUCAUUUUUCGGUCACGUUAUGAGACCCGUUGCUUACGUAAUCCACAAGCUGGUCAUUACCCACAGGAAGUCAUGGAAUAAAGCAGCUUUGAGGACCCAUGUCUGAGUCCACCUUCCACCCAACACGGGCAGGACCGACCUCCAUAUGCAGAGGGGUUCCCAUUCACAGUGACACACUCAAACACAGUCCAAAACCCACGUCAGAACUGGCUUGAUCUCUUAUAUGGUGGAACCCCAAGCAAGCUGGGUGCUCUACUCAGUGGUCCUCAUUGGGGAACAGACGUUCACUUACCAAUCACGUCAGUUUCUACCUGUCAUGUUUUAAUCCACUGCAUGAGGAAGUGCUGAUAACUGUAUUCAAUAUUUCCAAGCAUAGCUACAAAAUUACACGUUUGCUUAACACCUUUCUAUGAUAGAGGAAGUAUAUACUAUGGUUGUCUUCUUGUAGUAUGUCUUUUCUUUCUGUUCAACGUGUUAUCAACUGUUUUAAGGAAUGGGGUUUGAAAUGUGUGUGCAAACUGAUGUGUACAUAACUCCCGAGGCAACAAAAGUGCCCAGUCCUAUGGUGUAAAAAUGUAAAUACAGGAAAAUUUCAUUUUUCUAAUAAAACUAAUUUCUGCUGAUUGAUAUGAAAACGA